AAUACCAUGAAUCUCGAUGCUCAUAUGUUUCAUGAAAGACAAGAACUACAUGAACAAUACUUGGAUGCAGUUGCAGCAGCUACAAAUGAUAUAGACAAUGGGGACAAUAAUAACAACCUACUGGAUCAUACAAGAGGUCCUUCUCCUAGUUCUCAACCUUCUAUCAAAACUGAUACACACAAGGAACACUUACCUCCUUUCUCUGCCAACCGUGCUGUCAUGAGUUUUUAUGAACUUUAUGAAACAAAAACUAGAUAUUAUAUUGUAGGUACUGAUCAGUCAAAACAACGGUAUCGUGUUCUUCAAAUCCAUCGAACUAAUCCAAAAGACCUUGUGGUAAUUGAAGAUGAUGUUGUAUAUACGGAACAAGAAAAGACAAAGUUACUCAAUAUGAUUGAAGAUGGUAAUCUAUCUGUGGGCGGACUCCAUCUAGUACCUAUGCGGAUUUAUGGCAUUAUUGGCUUCAUUCGAUUUACACAAGGUUGGUAUAUGAUUUUUAUUACUAAAAGGAAACAAGUAGCUCUUCUUGGUGGACAUUAUGUAUAUCAUAUCGAUGAAACUCAACUAGUACCUAUUGGAUUACAAGUGAAAGUCGAUAAAAAUUCGGAUGAAGGAAGAUAUAUUGCUACUUUUCAAAACAUUGAUUUGACCAAGAACUUUUAUUUCUCUUAUACCUAUGAUAUUACAAAUACUUUACAAGUUAACAUGACAAGGACUCCCGAUUUGAAAAAUUCAACUACAACAUCCGAGAAAUCCCAAGACUCCAAUGCCAAUGAUAUGUUUGUAUGGAAUGAUUACUUGUUGAAGGCUGGUUUCAAAAAUAUAAAUACUAGAUCUGGUUGGAUUUUAAGAUUGAUCUAUGGUUUUGUUGAUCAAGCAAAAAUUUCAAUAUUUGGACGCAGCAUCAUUGUCACCUUGAUAGCAAGACGAUCUCGACAUUUUGCUGGUGCUCGGUUCUUGAAACGUGGCGUGAAUGACAAGGGGUUUGUUGCUAAUGAUGUUGAAACUGAACAGAUUGUUGCCGAAUUAUCUACCACAUCAUUCCAUUCUCAUGAUCGAUUGUAUGGUAAUCCUCAUUAUACUUCUUAUGUACAACAUCGUGGAUCAAUUCCUUUGAUUUGGUCUCAAGAUACAACUAACAUGUCUCCAAAACCUCCUAUUGAAUUGAAUGUUGUCGAUCCCUUUUUCUCUGCUGCUGCUCUACAUUUUGAAAAUGUUUUUCAAAGAUAUGGUACUCCUUGUAUAGCUUUGAAUUUGAUCAAGCAAAAAGAAAAAACCAAGCGAGAAUCUGUUCUUGGUGAAGAAUUCGCUGAAGCCAUUGCUUAUUUGAAUCAAUUUCUACCAGAUGACAAAAAGAUCAAGUAUAUUGCCUGGGAUAUGUCAAGAGCAUCAAAAAGUCAUGAUCAAGAUGUGAUUCGAUUUUUAGAACAAAUCGCUCAAGAAACAAUGGAAUCUACAGGAUUCUUCCACAGUGGAUCAAAAUUUGACAAAACUUCCACAACAGGCUCUUCACUAUCAUCACCUCAAUCUUUGCAACAUGGUGUACUACGAACAAAUUGUAUCGAUUGUCUAGACCGUACGAAUGCAGCACAGUUUCUCAUGGGAAAAUGUGCUUUGGGACAUCAGCUCUAUGCUCUGGGAAUUGUGACAUCUCCAUAUAUUGAAUUUGACUCGGAUGUGAUCAAUAUCUUUACUGAAAUGUACCAUGAUCAUGGUGAUACAAUUGCCCUCCAAUAUGGUGGAUCUCAUCUUGUUAACACUAUGGAAACCUAUAGAAAAAUCAAUCAAUGGACAAGUCAUCCUCGCGACAUGAUUGAAUCUAUUCGUCGGUUUUAUGCCAAUGCAUUUUCAGAUGCUGACAAACAAGAUGCAAUCAAUUUGUUCUUGGGAAAUUUUGUUACUAAGGAUGGUCAACCAAUGUUAUGGGAAUUGAAUUCAGACUAUCAUUUACACAAUCAAGAUCCUCGUAUCAAACCAAUACGUCGAGAUUACCGUAAUUGGUGCUCACCUUCUGUCUUAUCAUCCAAAAAAACUGAUACAAAUGCGGAUUCUUUCUAUAUACCAGUUGAAUGUCGAAUACCAGCUGAUCGUCCUGAAGAAGGGGAUCCAUACAAAGGCCAUUGGGAAGAAUACUACAAUCAUCAUCAAUAUACAACGUUGGAUCAACUUUUUGUCUUCAAUAUGAAUGGAACUUUGAAAUAUCGACCACCAAAAAUAUCCAUGUAUUCAAGAGAUGGAAAGAAAGAGUUGACACGUGCUGAAGCCAAAGAACUUAGCCCAUUUACAGUACGGACAACAUCAGCAAAUGGAAGAAGAGUAUCAGGCAUAAAUACGCAAUCUAAAGUAGAUAAUGACAUUGUGGACGGUGAAACAACUUACAAGGAAAAGAGUAUCCGGACUUUGGAAAAUAUCAUCAAUGCAAGUUUGGACCCAACUGUCAAUCCAACAGAAACAAAAGAAUAUCGCAGAUAUACCCAACAAUACCGAAGUAUCGAAAAACUUACUGCCACUAAUAGUGACAAUUAUGGAAAUGUCGACAACUUCCCAGAAUAUCAACAGUAUCUCAGCUAUAUACAUCGAAACCAUUUGGAUGAUCAUCCAUCAGCUAUCAAGACUCAAUCUAUUGAUGAAGAGAUGUUCAAGACUUAUGUACAUAUGCCAAAGCGUGCAGCUUCCGCUGAACUAGGUCAUCAUAGAGGUUGGACGGAUCAUCUACGGAAAAGAUAUGAAGGUUAUGGUAUCUAUCUCAAGACAGGUCGUUUCCCUCAAAACCAAGAUCAUCCACGAUUAUUAUUAAAAGCAGAUUCUUUUGUCAGUACACUUAGUAAUAGCAAUUUAGAUUAUUAGGUUUGUUUUAUCAAUUCAAUAAAACUUCUUUUUUUUUCUUUUC